GCUCCAACAAAAGGCAGUACUCAGAGAAAAAGCGACACCUCUCAGCUCCCUCUUACCAUCAUCUCUCAAAACAAAAUCGCUUUGCUUUCCCAGUUUGUGAGUUGCCACUCUCACCUCCAUUAUUUUUUCUUUCCUUGCACUGUGUAGAAGUAGUAGUGGUGGUUGUCUGGCCUCUUCAGCCCUCUUUCUUUCAGUCUUCAGCAGGAAAGAAAAGAAAUGUUUGGUGCGUUCAGAGUUUUUUGCACAACUCCCAAGCUGGCCUGAUGGCCCUGUCCUGUCAUCUGUCUCCUAUUCUCUUUACUAUACCAACCCUCACCUCCUCCUUCCAACCCUCCCUAGCUAGCUCACUCACUCUCCUUUGUUUCUACUUUCUCCAAACAAACUCCCCAGUUACCAAAAUCAACUUUCUAAAACUACUCACUACUUACUGCUACUGAAUCCUGAGUCCUUCCCUCAUAUUCCCACGCUCCCUCUUGAAACUGCCAACAAACACACACUAUUCCAGGUACAACUACAGUCGUCGAGGCAAAUAUUCUUAUAAAAAGGAAAACAAAAACGCCUUUUCCACUCUAGUUGCUGUUGGUCUUUACAUUUAUAGGUACAGGGGUGAAGGUCUAAGAGUACGAGUUUUCUUGAUUUGGCCACUCAACAAAACAGACGAGGGGAAAAGGGAAAUGACGAGGAUGAUGUUGAAGUCAUGAACUGGGUUCUAGGCUGCAAAAAUGGAACUGGCUUCAGGCUCUUCUUCAUCAUCCCCAAGCUCAUCUGAUUCCCUUAAUGGGUUGAAGUUUGGGAAGAAAAUUUACUUUGAGGCUGCUGUUGCUGGAACUGCUGAUGGAGCUGGAGGAGGGCAGGCCCGGCAGGGCAGUAAGCCUGGUGGCGGUGUUGAUUCUGAGUCCAAGGCAUCUGAGUCUGGGAGGCCUCCCCCUGCUCCGGCUAAGAAAGGGAGAAGUGGGGUGGCCCCAGGUGGAGGCCAGCCCCCUAGGUGUCAGGUUGAAGGAUGUAAAUUAGAUCUGAGUGAUGCUAAACCUUACUAUUCAAGGCAUAAAGUUUGUGGUGCUCAUUCCAAGUCUCCUACUGUCAUUGUUGCUGGCCUCCAGCAGAGGUUUUGCCAGCAGUGUAGCAGGUUCCAUCAAUUGCCUGAAUUUGACCAAGGAAAGCGAAGUUGCCGCAGGCGCCUGGCUGGCCAUAAUGAGCGCAGGAGGAAGCCACCUCCUGGAUCGUUGUUGUCAAGUCGCUACGGAAGUUUGUCUUCAUCUUUCUUUGAAUCCAGUAGCAGAUCUGGAGGGUUUCUGAUGGACUUCUCUGCAUACCCAGCUCUGAGUGGGAGGGAUUCAUGGCCAAAUGGAAGAGUGUCUGUCCGAGCAACGGGCAAUCAACCUACUGGCACUGGAAAAUUUCUUCAACAUCCAUGGCAGGGCAACCCUGAAAAUCCUCCAUCUGAGCUUCUACUGCACGGUUCAGCAGGUAGGACCACCUAUGUGGGUCCUGCUAUUUCUUCAGGAGGAUGUCUGGCUGGAGUCUCAGACUCCAGUCGUGCUCUCUCUCUUCUGUCAACUCACUCCUGGGGCUCAGGAAACCAAUCUUCGAGUCUUGGGGCUAAUGGCUUAGCUAAUGUGAAUGGGACGCCCUGUGGAGUGAUUCAAGCAUCUGGUUCCCAUGGUGAGGCCAUCGAUCACUUCUCAAGCCCAAUGUGGGGGUUCAAGGGUGGUGAAAAUAAUAGUGGAUCGAAUGAGAUUCCACCUGAGCUGGGAUUAGGUCAACUUUCACAGCCUGCCAGUAGUCAGUAUUCUGGGGAUCUUGAUGCAUCUUCGCAGAAUGGACGAGAAUACCUGGGACUCGAACACUCUCGGGGUUAUAAUUCUUCCAUUCAGCACAUGCACUGGUCACUUUGAAUGGCUGAGUUCUCGUUGUAUGCUUCUGGAGACUUUUAUGCUUAACAAAUAAAUCGAUGUGUCAGUUUGUUUCUUCUCAAUCGACUAAUAACUUGCGUGCUAUCUGACAGUAACAUUUAUCAGUCUCGUUUCUGCAUGCUGCCUAAGACUUGGAAUGAUAAUAGCAGUUUGUGUGUUUUUAUUUACUGUCUUGUGAAUUGUUUGGAAUGAUGAUAGGAUUAGAUGUGUUUUAAUUUAAUGUUCUUGAGAAUUGUCUUUGACUACCA